AUGGCGGAACACGAAGGCCACCAUGAGAUUCGUGAGAAGCUGCGGCUCAUGAAGAGCCCAGUUGUCGUAUCUGAGACCUCCGAGAGAGGGGCCGAGAUGCCCAAUCUCAGCGAUUUCGGAGAUCGUUAUACAGACAACUCUAUCCAAUUCAUGAGACACGAAGAAGCCGGCACGCUGGAAAUCUUUACCGACCUUUUCUUUGCCGCCAACUACGCCGUUUUUUCCAAGACACAAUCGGUCACCAGUCAUGAGCGAGUUGAAUCAUACAUUGGAUACUUUUACAGUAUUUUCGAACGAUUGAUUCGAGCCAUUCAUCUUGGAGCCUUUGUUGGAUUUGCAGUUGUUGCUCCAAAGUUUGAUCCCAGCAAUCAGGAUAUGACAACCAUGCGGGCAAUGUCCCUUAUCCUAAUGGUGUCUCGUUUGGGUUUGAUGAUAGAGUAUGGCAGCAUUCUUUGGCACGUCAGACGGUUCAAAAACGUCCAUCUUUCGUUCUAUGUCCAAAUGUCCAUCCACUUUAUCGCUGCCAUCAUAUAUCUCGGCAUCACAUUCCGAUUCACCAACUCCAAGGAGAGCAAGGUAUUUGUUACUUGGUACGUCGUUGGUGUCGUGGAAGUCCUGGCGACUUUCGGAGCGGCGCUAUCCUUCCCGGUUCUCAGUCUCGCCAAAACACAUCUUAUGAAUCGGUUGUUUCUCUUGACUGUCAUCAUCCUCGGUGAGAGUAUCGUUGUUUUGUCCGACAAAGUGGUCAUCAUCGUCGAGAACCCCGACUCUUGGGAUGCCUCGAUUAUCGGAAUUCUGAUUGCUGGUGUGGCAACAACAUACAUGGUCUUCUUGGUCUACUGGGACUGGAUGAAGACGGCAUAUCUUCCACCCCUGCGCCAAAUGCUCUGGACUUUGGUUCACUUCCCAUUCCACUUGGCUCUUGUCCUCUUCAUGCAAGGAUUUACGCAGUUCAUCCAGUGGUCCAAGGUCAUCGACGUGCUGAACAACUUGUCUACGAACUGGAUAUUUUUCGACCCCGAGAAGCUGGCUCACACUACCAGUGAGGAAGUACAGCAAAACUUGACGGCCGAACUGACAAAAUUCGAAAACUUAUAUCCUCCAACGUAUGUCAAUACCAUCGAGCUCAUUCAGGAGGCUCUCAAUAAUAUCACGGACAUUCCCAAUUCCUUCUGGGCCAACCUGGGCAAGGCCCAGACAAGCGAUGACUAUGAGCUGCCGGACGAUGACAGCCUGGAAACAUUCUCCAACCUUUAUUCGGGUUUACUCAACGCCAUGGAAAACAGCGUCUUUGCCGUCUUCGAAAUCGAUCUCCAGAAAGAAGCUCUCAAAGAAGAGAGGGAAAAGGGUUCAUCAGAGGAGCAGUCGGCUGCCCAAAGCGGAGCCCAGAUUGAUGAUGCGACCUGGGAGCGAUACAAUCUUGUGUUUACAUAUGGUUAUAUCGCAGCCGGCGCUUGUCUGGCGCUGAUGGUGAUUCUCUCAAUCAUUGCACGCGUGACUCCUUGGAAGACUUGGCCUGUGAUCCGAUCAAUUAUUUACAUGCUUUUGGCGCUCGGCAUGGGUCUUGUUGCUCUGCUCAACCUCAACGAGGAUAAACUGGCCGCGUUCCUCUACACCCCCUGGCUUCUGCCGACGCUCUGCAUUGCCUGGACUGUUGUGCUUCUUCUCACGCACAUUCACCAUGAUAUUCCCCUAUUCUUCAACAGGCGUAGCCCUAUGCCAGAGCGUCGUGAAUCCAGCGGAUCCAAGUCGAACAACGAUUCCGAGCACGCGCAGCCGAUGGUUAGCAACAUGCACGAUUCGACUUUCUAUACAGGCGCGGGAUCGCACCACGGAUAUCAGCCAACACCUCAGACUCAGCACGGGGGCGAAUAUGUCUGA